UCUUCUUACUAUUGCAAAACUACAAUUCACAGCAAGCCCCAAGAAGAUGAACGAAAAAGAAAAAGAAAAAUCUCUUGUAUUUCCACCAAAAUAUGCCAAGAAAUCAAAUCCGAGAAAGUAUAUUGAUAAAAGUGGAGAGGGGGAGGAAAAAGCCUACACAACAAUGACGGUUUCGGUAUGUUUAUUGCACGCCUUAGCACGCUUACUGCCUCGGGGGAAAGAAAAGGCGCUUGAACCACUCACCUUGGCGUACUCAGCCCGCGUGUACCUCGUAUUCACCCCCAUUCUACUACCACCCACACAGCGUCGGCCGCAUGCGGUCGCCGUGCAAGGUGAGUUGUUUGGCGGCGGGUUCCUACACAACCAACCAAACGACCAACCACCCCUACGCACGCUUUCUUCCAUAACCAUCCCAUCCAUUCCGAAGGACUUUCUGAGAGCGUGUGAGGCUUGUGUAGAAUGAAUCAUCUAC